AAAUAUACAGAAAACAUACCCCACUUCACCAGUUCCACUUGUCAGUAUGUGGAGGGUACUGCUGGUGUUACUAUUGGCAGUUUAUUUGGAAGACGCCGCAGGGCUCCGCUUUUGGAGAAAUGGCGGGAGAAGAAGGUCCAGAAAUAAAGCCACGGUCACAAGAAGAGAUAUGCUCGGCUGCUACGAAGAUUCAAGGAAUAGGGUCCUGAACGGACGACGGACACACGGCAACUACAUGACAGUUGGUCGCUGUAGACAAAGAUGUGAGAAAGAAAGGAAACGAUUUUAUGGUCUUGAGGCUGGCAAUGAGUGUUUCUGUGGGAAUUCUAUGCGGUACAAGAAACGAAAACCAUUGAAAGAAUGCAGGAUGAAAUGUAAGGGAAAUAACGAGGCUUGUGGAGGCGCCUGGAGGAUCUUGGUUUACAGAAAUCCGAAAUACCGCAGCUCAGGCAAAAGAAAAGGGAACAUCAGAAGAAAAGAUAUGGUUGGCUGCUACCAGGACUCAAGGAAAAGGGUUCUUUCUGGUCGACGGACGUCUGGUAGACACAUGACAGUCGGCCGCUGUAGACGAAGAUGUGAAAGAGAAAGAAAACGAUUUUACGGUCUUGAGGCUGGUAACGCAUGUUUCUGUGGGAAUUCCAUGCGGUACAAGAAACGAAAACCAUUGAAAGAAUGCAGGAUGAAAUGUAAGGGAAAUAACGAGGCUUGUGGAGGUGCCUGGAGGAUCUUAAUUUACAGAAACCCGAAAUAUCGCAGCUCAGGCAAAAGAAAAGGGAACAUCAGAAGAAAAGAUAUGGUUGGCUGCUACCAGGACUCAAGGAAAAGGGUUCUUUCUGGUCGACGGACGUCUGGUAGACACAUGACAGUCGGCCGCUGUAGACGAAGAUGUGAAAGAGAAAGAAAACGAUUUUACGGUCUUGAGGCUGGUAACGCGUGUUUCUGUGGGAAUUCCAUGCGGUACAAGAAACGAAAACCAUUGAAAGAAUGCAGGAUGAAAUGUAAGGGAAAUAACGAGGCUUGUGGAGGUGCCUGGAGGAUCUUAAUUUACAGAAACCCGAAAUACCGCAGCUCAGGCAAAAGAAAAGGGAACAUCAGAAGAAAAGAUAUGCUUGGCUGCUACCAGGACUCAAGGAAAAGGGUUCUUUCUGGUCGACGGACGUCUGGUAGACACAUGACAGUCGGCCGCUGUAGACGAAGAUGUGAAAGAGAAAGAAAACGAUUUUACGGUCUUGAGGCUGGUAACGCGUGUUUCUGUGGGAAUUCCAUGCGGUACAAGAAACGAAAACCAUUGAAAGAAUGCAGGAUGAAAUGUAAGGGAAAUAACGAGGCUUGUGGAGGUGCCUGGAGGAUCUUAAUUUACAGAAACCCGAAAUACCGCAGCUCAGGCAAAAGAAAAGGGAACAUCAGAAGAAAAGAUAUGCUUGGCUGCUACCAGGACUCUAGGAAAAGGGUUCUUUCUGGAAAACGGACGUUUGGUAAACACAUGACAGUUGGCCGCUGUAGACGAAGAUGUGAAAGAGAAAGAAAACAAUUUUACGGUCUUGAGGCUGGUAACGAGUGUUUCUGUGGGAAUUCCAUGCGGUUCAAGAAACGAAAACCAUUGAAAGAAUGCAGGAUGAAAUGUAAGGGAAAUAACGAGGCUUGUGGAGGCGUCUGGAGGAUCUUGAUUUACAGAAACCCGAAAUACCGCAGCUCAGGCUCAGGAUUCGUAGGAUGUUACAAGGACGGCUGGUAUAGGACUCUAGGUGGCGCUUUUAGGCGGAGUAGACGCAUGACAGUCAAAAGAUGUAUUAAAAUUUGUAAACGUAAAAGGAAUAGAUUCGCUGGAGUAGAGAAUGGGGUGGAAUGUUUCUGUGGAAAUUCUCUUCGCCGGAAGAAGAGGGUUGCCAACUCACAGUGUAAAAUGCCGUGUGGUGGGCGCAGAAACCAAGGGUGUGGUGGAAGAUGGAGGAUUGCUAUUUAUAAGACAAACGUUAAAAGAGGAAAUAAUUGUGGAAGACAUAAGAAAUGUCACUCAAAAGCAAGAUGCAUCAAUGGAGAAUGUCGAUGUAACAAGGGAUACACAGGGGACGGCGUUAAGAGAUGCUACCAAACCUGUACCUGUUCAGCUUCUGGAGAUCCUCACUAUAGAACCUAUGAUGGUCAGAUGAUACACUUCAUGGGUAACUGUAAAUACACCCUGACUAAAGUCAAAAAUACCAAUUCUAACGUCUUCAACGUGGAAGUCAAGAACGAAUACCGCGGCAGAUCUCGUUCUGUGUCCUAUACAAGGCUGGUGGACGUCAAAUUAGGAAAAAACACCAUUCGUCUGCACAAGAAACACCAAGUAUAUCUAAAUGGAUUAAGAAUAUUCCUACCUUUCACAAAACGUGGCGAGUUCAGAAUUUUUAGAAGCGGUAACAAAGUCAAGGUCAUAGCCAGUACUAACGAUGGAGAUGGGGUUGUCGUUUGGGACGGCUCGAGCGCAGUCACUGUGACUGUUCCAAAAAGUCUCGGACGUCGUAUGAUAGGACUUUGUGGGGACUGCAACGGGAAGAAAGAUGAUUUCCGUACAAAAGAUGGAAUAGAUGUGUAUAGGGACCCGAAAAAAUUCAUCAAGAUUGGCAACAGUUAUACUGUGAAAGAUGAUACUGACCAAAGACAUAAGAGUUGUGAGGUAAAUGAACCACCGAAUAAAUGCACACCAGAACUGCGAAGAAAAGCAAUGGAUAGCACAGUAUGUGGUUUUCUUAAUCCAGAGAAGAAAGACCAAAGUCCAUUCAAAGAUUGUUUAGAUGAGAGUCCCGCGACAAGUAAAGAAAUGUUUGAAAACUGUAUAUUUGAUUUCUGUACAUAUUACUCAGAAGUCUCUCAGCGGAAGAGAACGAUCUGCCAGAGUAUCGGCGGUUAUGCCGAGUACUGUGCCGACUUGGGAAUUGUUGCUAUGUGGCGAUCUACUGAUUUCUGUCCAUUGCCCUGUGGUGAAAAUAUGGUGUAUGAUUCUGAGAUGAGUGGCUGUCCAGCUUCAUGUGUAAACCCAGACUCUGAGAAAGACUGCGAUCAGCCUCCAACAGAAGGAUGUCGUUGUAAGGAGGGGUUCGUCCUAAGUGAUAACAAAUGUGUUGAGAAGUCAAAGUGUGGGUGUAAAGGAGCAGAUUCUCAAUAUUAUCCUCUGGGAGCAACAUUAACCUCCUCGGAUUGUACGACAGUACAGCAGUGUAAGAUGGAGGGCGGUAGUGUAGGGUUUAAGACAAUUCUUACAAAACCAAGGUGUGGACAAUACCAGACAUGUUCUCUGUUCAAUGGAUCUCCGACGUGUUUGUGUCAGGAGGGAUAUAUUUCUGACGGGGGAGAUGGCUGCUUAGAGGAUAGUCCCACGUGCACUGGGGAGAAAACAGACAUCAAGUGUGAGUCUUCUAGUGGGAAUAAAGUGGUGUGUACUGUUCCUAAUGCGAAAGCCGUGCUGCAUGUUAGAUCCACUGCAUCCGACUGUAAGUAUGGAUCAACAUACGGAAUCUCCGGCGAUGGCGUCUGGGUGUCGCUGACAUGCAGAGGAACCUUCUCUGUCUGUUACCUUCCAGUACCACCCCCGUCAGACCCAGAAUGUCUUGCUCAUGAUGAUCCCCUUGGAAAGAGGUACCAAGGCACCAUGUCCUCUACAGAGUUGGGCUACACGUGUCAGAAAUGGUCCUCUCAGUCGCCACACGGGCAUUCUUAUCUGAAAACCUUGGACAACAACCACUGUAGAAAUCCGGACAAUGAGAAGGCAGCGUGGUGUUAUACCACUGAUCCCAAAAAGAGAUGGGACUACUGCCAUAUCCCAGUCUGUCCGGGUGCAACACCAGUCGUAAGUGUUGAUGAAUGCCUCAAUGCUGGUGAUCCGAGAGGACUGAAAUAUAAUGGUUACAAAAACACGACGAAAUCAGGCAAAGCAUGCCAGGAGUGGGGACGACAGAGACCUCACAGUCAUCCUUUCCAAAGAUUGGCAGAUCAAAGUAACUUUUGUAGAAAUCCCGAUAACGAACCUGCCCCCUGGUGCUACACAACGUCCAGUGCCACUCGGUGGGAAUUCUGUAGCAUUCCGGAUUGCGGCGAAUGUGACAUCAAGCAAGAGAGAAGUUUGCAAUGUGAAAUCGUUUAUAAGGUGACUGGCAAGUGUUACUUUGCCUCUAGUGCUCUCAGCAAAUGCAAGUUCACCGUGCGUUUGAACGAAUACAGAGUACAUGGCUUGUCGGAAGCUGUGGUACAGAAGGAUGGCAAAACACACACUCUCCGUGCAGGGGAUACCCAUAAAAGUUGUGCCUCGUUUGAGAUGCGCUCCAACACUCUGUACGUAGUGGAGAAGCUUUGUGACGAAAAGUGUCCAGAAUCUCAAGUUAUUUUAAACUGAAGACACAGUGAAACUUGUUCUUUUCAGUUUUCUUCCUGUUCUUCAUUCUUUACUUAGAUUCAAAAUAAAGUGUUCAGCAAAGUCA